UAUAAGGGGGAAAGUGGGCGGUGCAAAGGUGAGGCUGUGCUCAGCUCCCACACCCAGCAGUGCAGAUAGAUAACCUGCCCAUCGGGCUGGGUGCUGCUGUGCUGCUGUCCCCCGUGUGCUGGCACUGACCCUGCUCCCAGCCUCAGCUGUGCCAGGCCCAUGCAGCUGCUCAGGAUCCUCCGCCUCCUCUGGAUGCUUGGGGUCUCCCUGGGAGCCACAGGUGAGGGGGUGAAGUGGGGGAGGGCUGGGGAGACCCCCCCUGAUGUUUCAGGGCAGGGGUGUUGUGUGUGUGUGGCGGGGAGAUCUGAGAUCUAAGGGCAGACUGAGGAGGGGGUCCUCAGAGCUCCUGGUGCAGGGAGAACUGAGGGGAGGGGAGGAGAGGGGAGCUGGGUCCAGGGUGCCGCCGUUCACCUGAGAGGACGUUUGCAAGGGUCCGCGCUCGUAUCAGGAGGGUGGGAUGAUCUCUUUCUGGAAGACUGCUCUUCCCACUUUGACUCCGUUUGCUGAGCUCCUCUCCUCUUGUUGCUCCCGCAUCUUGAGUCCUGAUACUUCCUCCACCCGGACUCCAUCCCUCCCUUUACUUCCACGUUCAGCCCUCGGGAGAGACCCCGCCUCUGCCCCAGGCCCCCUCCUCUGGGGCAUCUCUGCCUUUGGUCUCAGUGCCCCCUCCCCAGCUCUGCUCCUAAGCCACCCCAUGUUUCUGGGCACUGCUGUCAUCGGCAGGUGGGCAGAUCCUGAUUGCUCCCAAAGGGUGGGUCCGAGGCCACCUGGUGGGGCGUCCUGCUCCUUCUCUCUCCCAUCCCUUAGGAACCCCGCAAUUCCUCUGCACUUCCCUUCCCUCUGCCCCCUGCCAUGUUGGCUCCUGACCCCCAACCCUAGACCUUCCCCACAAAAAAGUCCAUGGUCCAUCCUCUCAGUCGCCUCCAGGGCCACCUCCUGCCUAUUUAAGGGCUCUAUCCCAGGAAUCUUCACAAUCCCCUUCCCUGCCUCCCUGCCAGCCCAGCUAAGCCUAGAAGUAAAACCCCAGCUCCCAGAGCAAAGACAUGCUGAGAGUGAGGGGAGGAGGAAGCGAACCCCCGAGGGGGCAGGAGGUCUGGGUGCUUCCUGCUAACAAGUGGUGUGGCCACCACCCACCUCAGCGUUAUGAGGUCUUUGACCCCCACUCUCUCCACCUGUAAGAUGGGGUUGGCGAUAUCGUAGAAGGAGGGGCUCGUGCUCAUAAACUAGUUAACUCAGUGGCUGAAACAGACUAGGUGAUAGAAAAUAUGACUGUUUUUAGUAUGAACUCACUGCUACACCCGAAGGUCUCUGGGACUCAGGCCUGUCUGCUGAGUAUCUCUUUCUGGAAGUUUCCUUUUCUGUCCUGUUCUGCGGCCUGUGGGUGGUCCUCUCUCCUUGUCCCUCAAUCUCAUUGAAGUCUGAGCUUCAAUCUCUGUUUUUCCCUUUUUCUCUUUGCAAUUUUCCCCUCUGACUCCUCAUCCCCCAUGAUGCAUUCCCACCCUCAGCCCAGGCUUGGCUGGGGGCUGUUUCUCUCCAAAGAGGAGAGGCGCUCUCUCUCGGGUUUCUCUUCAGGUGGUAUAAAUCUUUCGCCUUUUGCCAAGAGGAGAGGCAGCCCGGACAGCAGUGGGUUGAAGGGAGGGGACAGAGGUGGGCCGAAGGGUGUGGGUGGAGAACCAGUGGGGACCAGGACGUCUGGUGGCAGGUGGAGGCGAGCGGAGAGAGCAGAGUUAAGAAAACGCGGGUGUGUGCGGAGGAAGGGCUGGCACUGGCAAGGGGAGGGGGCAAGACUCUCUGCUGAACCGCGUGCUCAGCACGGCCAUCCCAGGGCUGGGACUCAGACGAGGCGUGUGCGGGAUUAAGGCCACCCUCCACCCCAACUCCCCUGGGGGAGGCUGCCCCGGGGAGCAGACAGAUGCUGGCUUUCGGAACCGUGAAAGACCCCAGCUCCAAACGGCCUCUGCUGGGGGAAUAAGUGGCGGCAAUUCCCACCCUCUGUGAUAUGUAGCUGGAAAACGAAGUAGUGAGUAACCUAUGCGGCAUUAUGGUGACAAAGCAACCUACCAAUGAAUUGCUCUGUUCUACCAUCAAUACAGGAACUUCAGCCAUGGCCACAUCCACCUCUAAUGCACGUUUGCGUGCUUCCCUCAGCUCCCCACACUCCAAAGGCACAGCCGGGUGGCCACUGAGUACCCCUAAAACCACUUCUCCCACUCCUGACAGUAGGGAUCACAUACCUAUGGCUAUCUCCACCUCCCCUCGCUCGAAAUCCAUUUCUAAAACCUUGCUCAAACCGCCAACUGAUUCCAACACCUCAGCAAUCCACACGCCCAAGUUUGUCUUCAAGGUCGAAACCACCCCACCGACCUUGGUUGUCUAUAAGGGCACGACAGAGUGCGUCAAUCCAUUGAGCUUUACGGUCACUACCACUUACGCCCCCACCACCUGCAUGACACGGACCCAAGUGUCCUUCACCAGCUCUUACACCGCCCCACCUGUGACAGGGAAGCCACAGACAACCAGAACCAGUACCCACCCUGUGACAGCUACCAAGCGAGUCACCUCAGCCGUGACCAAUUCUCCCACCAUCACCACUCUGGGGAAAACUCUCGCAACCACGGCCCAUGCCUCGUCCUUUGUCCCGACCACCGCCACGACCCUAGACACUCUGAUCUCCUCUCUGACUGGUACCAUGGAAAACACUACCCCAACUGCUGCAACUGUCCGCACAACUCAGUCUCCUACCCCAACCGUCGUGUCCACCUCUGCUACUACCCCUUCUCUAACUACUAAAAACACUUUGAUGACAACAGUGACUGAUAAAAGUGCCUCUCCCACCACCAGUAGUCCCUUGAUUACAACCACUACUUCAUUUCCAAACAAGGUCAGUACAUUUAAAACAACUACAGCCACCACGCAUGCACCUUCCUCAACUGAUAUAGUAGCAACACAUAUGGCACCAGUUAUACAGGCUGCUCCUGAAGCUACCACUGCACUAAGUGCACCAAAAGCAACUCCUUCACAUGCAAUGAGCUCUGUGAAAACGACACUUAUUUCAAUGACUGACAUUCCCAGAGAAAUUCUCACCACAGGAAUUGCUUCUAUUUCUUCAAACAUGUCUUCUAUCAUUCCCACAGACACAAUGAUUUCUACCACACGGACCGCGUCCAAAGCAAGCCCUGUGCCAGCCAACACUGAUGCAUACACGACAUCCACUACCAAGGGAUAUCCCUCCACCACUGCAGCCACCACAGAAACAGGCAAGAUGAGGGGUACAGCCGCUCAAGCUUCAUCCACUUGGGAAACCACAUUUAUCCCCACCACUGACACGUCCAAAGAGCCUCUCACAACAGCAAUCACUGCCACUCCACCAAUCAUAUCAGACACUCCCACAAUUAAAAUCCAUAAUCUGACGUCCAUUACAACUAGGUCAAUGACCACCAAUGCCUUGACAUCAAAUGUGAGGAUGCCUCACUCAUCGGUACUUGCAACAACCAAAGAAACAGUCCCCUCAUGGACCUCAAACAUUAAGCCUCUGUCCACCCUAAUGACCACAACCCCAAUCACCCAUGCCACAUCCACCUCUUCAUCACUAACAAGAAACGCCAAAGCCACAAGUAUGCCUACCACUAGGUCACUCAAAAUCAGAAUAAAACGUGCAUCCACAUAUACUUACAGGAGGAUAACGGAAAUACCACGAAUUAAAACGACAUCCCACGCCACGAUAUACAAAACACAAAAUAUAUACACUACCACGAGAAAAAAUGAUAUCAGUCCAAAAAUAACAGUCAAAACCACAAGCCAGGAGAAAUAUGGAAAUCCGUCAGAAGCGGAUAAAUCCAAAUAUAAAACCCAAACGGUCUCACCCAAAAAUAUGACAAUAGAAAAAACCACAAAUACAAAAGAUAGCUACACUUUAAGAAAAACACAAAGUAUUGUAAAUACCAAAAAUCCAAAUAUUCUGACCGAAAUACAAAAUCUAACAAAGAAAAUCUAUUAUUCUCUAACAAAAAACAAAACAGAAACUAUAACAGAACUACACACAACCAUAUACAAAACCACGAGGGAAGCCAAAACACUCAGGGUCACCACGGCCGCCCCGGGCACUCCACACAGCGCCCCGGCCGUCACCUCCGCCUCCGCCUCCGCCUCCCCCUCGGCGCCCGGCCUCCCAGCCACAGCCCCGGCCACCACCACCACCACCACCGCCACCAGCGCCGCCUCCGCCCCGUCCACGGGGGCCCCGACCCCCACGGCCGCCCUGGGCUCCACGCUCGCUCCCCCCCGCGGGGACCUCCUCCGGGGGCUCCUCUCCCGCCCCGACCGCCGGUACCCGGGCCACCCAGGCCCCGAGUGCCACCUCGGCGGUGGCGGCCGGCUCCAGCUCCGCUCCGCCGCGCCCCACCUCCGCCACCCCGGCCACUGA